AUGGCGGCAGUGGAGAAGCGGCGGCAGGCCGUGGCCUCGGCGGCGUCCCGGGCAGCGGUGGCGGCGGCCGACAGCGAGGAGGACUUCCUGCGGCAGGUCGGCGUGACGGAGAUGCUGCGCGCGGCGCUGCUGAAGGUGCUGGAGGCGCGGCCCGAGGAGCCCAUCGCCUUCCUGGCGCACUACUUCGAGAACGUAGGCCUGCGCUCGCCAGCGAACGGCGGCGCCGGGGAGCCCCCGGGCCAGCUCCUGCUGCAGCAGCAGCGCCUGGGCCGCGCGCUGUGGCACCUGCGCCUGGCUCACCACUCGCAGAGGACAGCUUUCAACAACAAUGUCAGCGUGGCCUAUGAGUGCCUGAGUGCCAGCGGGCGCAAGAAGCAGCCGGGGCUGGACGGGCGCACCUACAGCGAGCUGCUCAAGCGCAUCUGCAGGGACGGCGAGGCCCCCGAGGAGGUGGUGGCACCGCUGCUACGCAAGAUCCAGUGCCGCGACCACGAGGCGGUGCCGCUGGACGUGUUCCGCGCCGGCAUGCUCACCUGCUUCGUGCUGCUGGAGUUCGUGGCGCGGGCCGGUGCCCUCUUCCAGCUGCUGGAGGAGCCAGCCCUGGCCGCAGCCGACCGCCGCGUGGCCCAGGCCGCGCUGGACAGCCUGGAGGGCGCCCUGCAGGCCGGCGAUGGUGCCAACGUGCCCGCCCACUACCUGGAGGCCGGCUCGCGCCUGGGGCCUGACGGGCUGGCCCUGGCCAUGCAGCGCGCUGCGGCGGGGAGGCGGCCCUGUGUGCCCAUGAUGCGCGACGAGUUCCUGGGGAAGGCCGCUGCCCUCUUCAUCGCCAAGGUCAAGCCGGUGGGCUGAGCAGACCCAGGGUGGGACACGGAUCACAGCCAGGACUGGGGUGUCCCCACGCCCAGACGAGGACGUGGAACGACACCCCCGGCCCCCUAGGGAAGAGGCCGGGCUCCCAGGAAGGGGACCCCCUCCCCGCACACCCUGGCUGCCUCCUGCCAGCCCCUCCUCCACCCACACAGGCUCCUGGCCCCAGAGUAAUAAAGUCUGUCACCCAGGCUGACCCUGGUGUGUAUGCCCACGUGCCACUCCCCAGCCCCUGUCUUUGAUCAGCCUCGUAAUUACUGCACCCCAGGAGCGCCAGGCCCCUUGGGCUUGGUUUUGUGGGCGCAGAGGGCCUGGAACACCCAGCAAGGUCCUGCUGAGGGUGGGGCCACCCCCUCGGGAAUGCAGGACCCUAGCCCUGCCCUCCCCAAGUAGUUCCUCCCUAGGCCUUGGUUUCCCCAGCUGUCAAACGAAGAGGUCAGCUGGACAGAUGGUAGUGGCAUCGAUGACAGCUCCAAGGCUUUUAAGCAACUGCAGCGUCUUAUUUGAUUCUCACCACUGCCCUACGAGGAAGGUAAAUUACAACCUCAUUUGGCAGAUGGGGAAAUCGAGGCCCAGGCAGGUGGACGGUCUCACCGCCAGCAAGAGACCGCCCCAGAAUACACACCCUAGUCUGCCUCCCACCACCCACCCUAGGUCCAUUCGGAACCCACACAUAUCUGUGAGCUUCAGCCAAUGAAUAUUUACCAAGCACCCCCUUGGCAUCCCACCACCAGGAACGGGAAUACUUGGAUGGAGAAUUCUACAGGGAGCAGAAAGAAAAAUCUGCAAUCAGAUUCCCAGCUAGGAGGACUGCUGGCAGGUGACUUCAUGCUCCUGGCCUCAGUCUCUCCCUCUGUUAAGUGGGACUUAUGGCUAACCCUGUUCUGAUUGAGUGAGCUCCCAGGAGAACAGAAUUUUAAAAUUUUUUUAUGAGCUCGGUGAUGAUGUCAGAGAUGCCCCCGUCACUGUUUCCCAGCAUUGAGCUUGGCACAGGGUGGGCAGUGAGUGAAUUGUGGGGAACUCUUUCCAAAAUCAGCCACAGAGCUAUUUUCACGCCUUCUGCCACUUCCCCCUCAGAGCAGGUGGAGGGGCAGAGCCUGCCCCUCCCCAGACUCGAGCAGCUUCCUAGGCCCCGUCACAAGAGGCAACAGGGUCUCCCCUGGCCGUCUCCUGGGAUCCCCGCCCUGGGACUUGGGUGGGGGCCCUGCCUGGCAGCUCCUGCUUUGCAGAUUCAUUAGCUAAAUAAAUGACUAUAUUGUUUCAAGCUGCUAA